CGGAGGCGGAGUGAGCGCCUGGGGCCCCGGCGCCGUGGCCCACGCGGCCUGCCCUUUGUGCCCGCAGCCCGCGCCCCGCGCCCAUGGCCGCCGCGCCGGGCUCGCCGGCCGCACGCGCCCGCCCGCGGCCCUGAGCCCGCGCCUGGGAUGCGCCGGGGAUGCGCGUGCCCCGGGCCUGCGGCUGCUCCGGGCUGGGCGCGGGGCGAUGGACUUGAGCAUGAAGAAGUUCGCCGUGCGCAGGUUCUUCUCCGUGUACCUGCGCAAGAAGUCGCGCUCCAAGAGCUCCAGCUUGAGCCGGCUAGAGGAAGAAGGCAUCGUGAAGGAAAUCGACAUCAGUCACCAUGUGAAGGAAGGAUUUGAAAAGGCAGACCCUUCCCAGUUUGAACUGCUGAAGGUUUUAGGCCAAGGGUCCUACGGAAAGGUGUUCCUGGUAAGGAAGGUCAAGGGGUCGGACGCCGGGCAGCUCUACGCCAUGAAGGUGCUCAAGAAAGCCACCCUAAAAGUUCGGGACCGGGUCCGAUCCAAGAUGGAGAGAGACAUCCUGGCGGAAGUGAACCACCCUUUCAUCGUGAAGCUUCAUUACGCCUUUCAGACGGAAGGGAAGCUCUACCUGAUCCUGGACUUCCUGCGCGGAGGCGACCUGUUCACCAGGCUGUCCAAGGAGGUGAUGUUCACCGAGGAGGACGUCAAGUUCUACCUGGCUGAGCUAGCCUUGGCCCUAGACCACCUCCACGGGCUGGGGAUCAUCUACAGGGACCUGAAACCCGAGAACAUCCUCCUGGACGAAGAGGGACACAUCAAGAUCACAGAUUUCGGGCUGAGUAAGGAGGCCAUCGACCACGACAAGAGGGCUUACUCCUUCUGCGGGACCAUCGAGUACAUGGCACCCGAGGUGGUGAACCGGCGGGGGCACACGCAGAGCGCCGACUGGUGGUCCUUCGGCGUGCUCAUGUUUGAGAUGCUCACGGGGUCCCUGCCGUUCCAGGGGAAGGACCGGAAGGAGACCAUGGCCCUCAUCCUCAAAGCCAAGCUGGGCAUGCCUCAGUUCCUCAGCGUGGAGGCGCAAGGUCUGCUGCGAGCCCUGUUCAAGCGGAACCCCUGCAACCGGCUGGGUGCUGGCAUUGACGGAGUGGAGGAGAUUAAGCGUCACCCUUUCUUUGUCACCGUAGACUGGAAUAAGCUGUACCGGAAGGAGAUCAAGCCACCGUUCAAGCCGGCAGUGGGCAGGCCUGAGGACACCUUCCACUUCGACCCCGAGUUCACAGCACGGACACCCACAGACUCUCCCGGCGUGCCCCCGAGUGCCAACGCUCACCACCUGUUCAGAGGAUUCAGUUUUGUGGCCUCCAGCCUGGUCCAGGAGCCCUCGCAGCAAGACCUGCACAAAGUCCCCGUCCACCCGAUCGUGCAGCAACUGCACGGGAACAACGUCCACUUCACCGAUGGCUACGAGAUCAAGGAGGACAUCGGCGUGGGCUCCUACUCCGUGUGCAAGCGGUGUGUGCACAAAGCCACCGAUGCAGAGUACGCCGUGAAGAUCAUCGACAAGAGUAAAAGAGACCCCUCGGAAGAGAUCGAGAUCCUCCUGAGGUACGGCCAGCACCCGAACAUCAUCACCCUCAAAGACGUCUACGACGACGGCAAGUGUGUGUACCUGGUGAUGGAGCUAAUGCGGGGCGGGGAGCUGCUGGACCGCAUCCUCCGGCAGAGGUGCUUCUCGGAGCGCGAGGCCAGCGACGUGCUGUGCACCAUCGCCAAGACCAUGGACUACCUCCACUCCCAGGGGGUGGUCCAUCGAGACCUGAAGCCCAGUAACAUCCUGUACGUGGACGAGUCUGGAAACCCUGAAUCCAUCCGCAUCUGCGACUUCGGGUUUGCCAAGCAGCUGCGCGCCGAGAACGGGCUGCUGAUGACGCCCUGCUACACGGCGAACUUCGUGGCCCCCGAGGUCCUGAAACGUCAAGGGUAUGACGCGGCGUGUGACAUCUGGAGUCUGGGGAUCCUGUUGUACACCAUGCUGGCGGGAUUCACCCCUUUUGCGAACGGCCCGGAUGACACUCCUGAGGAGAUCCUGGCCAGGAUUGGCAGCGGGAAGUACGCGCUGGCCGGGGGGAACUGGGAUUCCAUAUCCGACGCAGCCAAAGAUGUUGUGUCCAAGAUGCUCCACGUGGACCCUCAUCAGCGCCUGACGGCCGUGCAAGUACUCAAGCACCCGUGGAUUGUCAACAGAGAGUACCUGUCCCAAAACCAGCUCAGCAGACAUGACGUUCACCUGGUGAAGGGUGCGAUGGCCGCCACCUACUUCGCCCUGAACAGAACACCUCAGGCUCCGCGGCUGGAGCCAGUGCUGUCGUCCAACCUGGCGCAGCGCAGGGGCAUGAAGAGACUGACGUCCACCAGGUUGUAGCAGGCGGACGCCUGGCCACCGGCCCGAGCCGGCCCGCCGAGCGCCCUCUCAGGCUCGCAGACACCAGACAGACGCAGACCCCGUUCACGGCCCCGGAGGGGCCCGAGGGGACGUGGGCAGAGCGCGCUUCCUGUGUCUGUUUUCUUUUCCAGCCCGGAGAGGACCCUGAGCCGGGGACUUCUCGAAGCCUCGCUCUGCCUCCCGCACCUGCACCUCCUGCUCCAUCCUCACGCGAACCCAGUGAGCUCCUCUCACCUCCCGGCCCGGAGGCCCUGCGGUGUCCUCUCAGAAGCCUUAGGCGUUGGCACACGGUGGCUGAUGUGUAGAUGGAGCGUGGAUUCCAGCUGGAAGCCAGUGCGCUGGCGGCCUCCCAGCGCAGGCCCCAUCGCUGAUACUACCGGAAGGAAAGCGCCAGGCAGGGUGCAGAGCACCAGGUGGGGAUGCAAAGCGCCAGGCAGGGAUGCGCAUGGCGGGCGCAUUGCCCCUGCGGGGCUGCAAGCUCCAGGCAUCUGCGGCCUCCUGCAGGCUGGGAGGGGGCACCUGGCCCCACCCACAAUGAUCCAAAGAGCCGCCUCCUUGUGGCCCCCACCCCCGUUCCUGAAUUCGAAUGCAGGGAAGAGCCCGACCUGGAAUGCAUGGCUGUGUUUGCCCCAUGGCCACAGUUCGCAGGACUCAGAGAGGAGCUCGGGGCGGCCAGGUGCCCGUGUCCCGUCCUGCCCUGGAGAGGCGCCGCGCUGCUCGGCCUCUGGCUCUGGCGGCCGCGGAGCUACCGGAGCCUUCCCCGAGAGCGCGUGUGCUGACCCAAAGCAGUGGUUUUGCUGUGUUCACUUUCAGCUUUCUAGUCUGUGGAAAAACUGUGAAUAUCGGAAAAGUUGAGCUUUGUUUCCUCGUCGGUCCCCUCUCCAUCCGCCCGGAGAGGGCGGGACGACCGGCCGAGGUGCGCCGUGCGCAGUGGCGGUGCACUUUGUGGAAGUGUGGGUGUGUCGUGUGUCGUGUUUCUGUCGCACAGAUCUGUUCUGAAACGGACCUUUCCGUGGUAUUUAAUGUUCCCCGGCUGUGCUGUGCACACGGGCGGGUGUGGCCCAGACGGCCGUGCUGUGCUUUCCGUAUUGAGGAAACCGGUGCCCGCCCUCAAAGAGCGAAGUCGUGGGUCCCUCAGCCUCCCAUUGGGGUUGAGGAUGCCCUGGCCGGUCCCCAAGCGAGGGACCCACCGGCAGGCGGGACAGUUACUGCACUCUCACCUGCUCCUGCUCCAGGAACAGCCCCUUCCCCGCAAGCCGGAUUGGUCACAGCCAGGUUUCCACGGAGACGGCCGUGUCCUACUGUUUCUUUUCCCUCUGUCUCCCUCACCCUAGAACCCAACUCAAAAAAAACACAAGUGCAGCAUUCUGAAAGAUAACUCCUUAGCUUGGUCUGAUAGUUGUUAAACCUUAAAAUAUAAACUUGUUUCAGAAGCUUCAAUUAUUCCGUGAGGAUUUUCUUAGAGAACCACAAAGAAUGACAGGGGAGGGACAGAUUGCCUACUGUUUUCCCACCCUGUCCACUGGGCGUUUCUCAUAUUUUCUCAAUAGAAAGUGCUUUCCAAGGCUAGAAUGACUUCCACUCAUGAUGAUUUUGUUUUUUAGGUCCAAAUUAUUUCAUUUCUUAUUCAAAACUUAGGGAAAAGUGGAUAGUCCUUAGGUCACAGAUUUUGUCCUCCUAGAAACGAAUGAGUCAUUUCCACUUGCUACUCGUCCAUCUCUGCCCAGAGCCUGUGACCGGGGUCUGUUUGCAUGUUUGUGGGCUUAAAGUCCUGAGAUCUGAGGACGGAGGGAACUGAGGGACGGAGGGAGCAGCCGGGAAGGUGGUUGUUCAUCUCGUGGCUGCAGCUCCUCCUCUUCCUCAGCAAUUCCCGCUCACACAGCCUUACUUCUGAACUGAGAGUGCCAAAGGGACCCGGGGGCUCACGCCACGCCACUGUCAUUCCGCCUACUGGAUGUGUGUUUGCAGGGGACAGCACCCUGUCCCUGCCCGCUGAGUGUCUGUAAAAUACCUCUCCUUUCCCAUCCUUAUCCAGAACAACAUGAUACUUGAAAUCCUUCAAAGAAAGUCAGCCGAAAGAAGGUAUGAUGUCGUAUUUUAAACAGUUUCCAAAACUCCUGAGUGAAAUAGCCUGUGCUUUACACACGGCGGUCAACGCGUAGAUGGAGGUGUUAUUGCAAUUUGCACUUCCCCAGCACGGGCACCCCCACACCUAAUGCCAGGCUCCGUGUGAUUUGCACAGGUGACAUGGACUUCCCAGAAGGUUAAAUAGCUUUGCCUGCUCACUCAGAUAAUCACUACCCCCUGGAUGGUAAAACCACAGCGUUUCUAAGGAGAAUAGGAGCAGAGAUCUCAGGCUUCCUAACCGCCCUGCCCCCCGCCCCCGUCUCCCCGCUGAGUGGUCCCUUCGGGGCACCACCCACAUGUCCUCCUACCCUGGCAGCCCCUGCAUGGGAGAAACACCCGAUUCACCCCAUAAGCAGGGGGCUUUGCCGAUUCCACCCCCAAAGUCGAAUGUGGGCAAGAGGUGAGGAUUUCACUUGUACCCUUAAGUCAGACUUGUACGUGAUUUUAAACUAACUGUGUGUGUUGAUGUUUGGAAGACUGUUCCACUUUUAAAGUGAUGAUAGUGCUUAAUGUUAGCCAGUGUUGUUGAUUAAAUGGUGUUACUGCUAAAGCUGCACAUGGGAUUGUCACCGUACGCUUCACUGAUUCUCUCAAGCACACGAUAGAGUUUGAUUUGCACUCCGUGUAUUCUGAUGUGGUUUUGUUACCCCUCACCUUGCCGAGAGUCGGGCAAAUUCUGGAACUGAGGACGCUGCAGGGCCCUGAGCGGUGAGGAAGGGCAGACGGCCUGGCUCGGCCGGCAGAGCCUGGGGGCAAAGGUCGCGGUGCCGGCUGCACUGGGCGAACACGCUUCUCCUCUGGCUCCUCCGACUCAGCACUUUGUUUACAAGCUCAGCAGUUGUGUUUACAGAUCAGUUUUAUGUUCACGCUUUAUAUUUCCUGUUUGAGAUGGGCGGCCACUGUACAGAUAUUUAUUAUGCUUUCCAGACUUUCCGAAUAGAUUUUUUUGAAUAAACAUGGUUUUAUGAAGUGCAA